GGUUGAAAAUGCACGUAAGAGUUCAGUUACAUUUCCCCGAAAUAAUAGGUUAAAUAUAACCAGCGAACAUAGUCGUUGAAGAUAGUAACUUUUGUUGAAAAAGCGUGGGAGCAACGGCGAACUUGCUUUCCGUUCUUCGGCCCAGUCUUAGUUGGAACAGAGUGUUUGAUGUGUUCGUCUGUGCACUCGUGCUUUUCAUCAGUUUAAAAUGCGUCCCAAGAACGUUGGAUGCUGUAUUCUUUGGAGCUUGUUCCUAACAUACCACGUGGUUAGUGAGACACCACCAUCAACAGAUACAAAUGAUGUUCUCGUCGUCACCGUUGCCACAAACGAGACCGAUGGUUAUAAAAGGUAUCUUAGAUCAGUCGAAGUGUACGGAUUUCGCGAUAACUUGAAGGUCCUUGGCAUGGGAAAUCCUUGGCUAGGUGGAAAAAAUAUAAAAACCGGUAGGGGAGGAGGAUACAAAAUUAAUCUGUUGAAGGAAGCGAUAGAGAAAUACAAAAAUGAUGACCAGAAAAUUAUAAUAUUCACCGAUAGCUAUGAUGUGAUAUUCUUGGCGGGCUUAUCUGAAAUCAUUGCCAAAUUUAAAAGCACGGAUGCUAGAGUCUUGUUCUCCGCAGAGGGAUCCUGUUGGCCAGACAGAUCCUUAGCCACCAAGUACCCUGCUGUGAGCGGAGGGAAACGUUUUCUAAAUUCUGGUGGCUUCAUAGGCUAUGCUUCAGAUGUACAUGCAAUCUUGACGUAUUCCCCAUUGAAAAACGAGGACGACGAUCAGUUAUUCUAUACAAUGGCAUAUCUUGAUGAGAAAUUAAGAGAGCAGCACAAAAUUAAGUUGGAUCAUAAGUCUGAAAUAUUCCAGAAUCUUUAUGGUGCUGUAGCUGAUGUGGAGUUGAAAUUUGAAGGAGCUAAAACUUCCCUGGUGAAUACCGUUUACAACACAGAACCACUGAUACUCCAUGGCAAUGGUUAUAGUAAAUUAUCAUUGAAUUCUUUGGGAAAUUAUUUGGCCAACGCAUGGAGCCCUGAAGAGGGGUGCAUUACAUGUUGGGAAGGCACAAUGGAAUUAGAUAAAACACUACCAGAUACAUAUCCAAUUAUAUUAAUCGCUGUAUUCAUUGAACGACCGACUCCGUUUAUGGAAGAAUUUUUCCAGAAGAUAUACGAUCAAGCGUAUCCAAAAUCAAAGCUCCAUCUGUUUAUUCACAAUAGCGUGGAUUAUCAUCAAGAUGUAAUUGAUGAUUUCUUAAUGAAAUUCGAGAAGGAGUAUAGAAGCAGCAAAGUGAUCCUUCCAAAAGAUUCCAUAAGCGAAUCUGACGCGAGGAACUUGGCCAUGGAUUAUUGCCUGUUGAAGAAAUGCUCCGGUUACUUCACGGUCGACUCCCUUGCUCAUUUGGACCACGAAUAUACUUUGAAAUACCUAGUUGAUCAACAUCGAGGAAUCAUCGCUCCCUUGCUAGUUAGACCUUAUAAAAUGUGGAGUAAUUUCUGGGGCGCUAUAAUGGACGACGGAUUCUACGCUCGAAGCUUCGACUACAUGGAAAUCGUGAAGAACGAGCGGAGGGGAUUAUGGAACGUACCGUUCAUCAACACCUGCUAUCUAAUUAACGCGACUUUGAUAAGCAACAAAGAGACUCGUCCUUCCUACGAAGAGGGUGAUCUGGACACGGACAUGGCGUUUGCUUAUUCUAACAGAGAACGAUCCAUCUUCAUGUACGUCAGUAAUAGGGCCGACUUUGGGCAUCUCGUUGAUCCAGACAGUUACGACGUUACACUGACUCAUCCGGAUUUGUAUCAAAUUUUCGACAACAAAUUAGACUGGGAAAAGAAGUAUCUACACGUUAAUUACUCGCUUAAUUUUCAGCCUGAACAAAUUCCUAUACAGCCUUGCCCAGAUGUGUACUGGUUCCCUGUAGUGAACGAGAAAUUCACCAAGUCGUUGAUUGAUGUUAUGGAAGCAUUUGGAAAGUGGUCGGAUGGAUCCAAUAAUGACCCAAGAUUAACGGGCGGUUACGAAAACGUACCAACUCGUGAUAUUCAUAUGAAUCAAGUGAAAUUUGAGCCACACUGGUUGCAUAUUUUAAAGGAGUACAUUAGGCCUCUUCAGGAACACGUUUUCACCGGCUAUUUCCAUGAUCCACCUCGGGCACUCAUGAACUUCGUCGUGAGGUAUCGUCCAGACGAGCAGCCAUCGUUGAAGCCGCAUCACGAUAGUUCAACUUACACGGUCAACAUCGCUCUAAACAAGGUGGGAGUGGAUUACGAAGGAGGAGGCUGCCGAUUUAUCCGAUAUAACUGUUCCGUCACGGACACGAAACCCGGUUGGAUGUUGAUGCAUCCCGGAAGACUAACCCAUUACCACGAAGGACUUCGAGUGACCAGCGGUACUCGAUAUAUCAUGAUUUCAUUCGUCGAUCCUUGAUCGUUCGAAUCGUAAAAUACUCUUAUUAAUAAAAAUAUAUCAUUAUCGUAUUAGGAUAGAAAAGUGUAUAGAAAGCAUACGAUCUGUCUUCGCAUACACGUUUUAUCUAUCAAAUAGUAAAUUAAUAAUUAGUUGUAAACUUAAACUGCCAACGUGAACAAAGUAUGCAUUUAAAGAAAAGAAUGUCCUGUUGAUGUUAUUUUUCUAAUAUAUGAAGAAUAUAAUUGCGGAACAAUUAGAAGUCGUAAGUGUUUCGAAAUAAAACGUUAAGUUGCAUUUUA